AUGUUGCCGCCCCGGGAAAACGUCGACCUGGAGUGCUUUCUGGUGACCAAGCACUCCUGGAAGGGCAAGUACAAGCGCAUCCUCUCCAUCGGCACAGCCGGCAUCUCCACCUACAAUCCAGAUAAAUUCGAUUUAACGAAUCGCUGGUCCUACUCGGAUAUUGUGGCGGCAGCCCCCACCAAGACCUCAAAUAUACCCAAUGAGUUCGUGCUGACCAUCAAGAAAGACAAGAAGCUGGAUACAAUCAAAUUAUCUUCGGAAUAUCGCAAUGACAUACUCAGCUCUAUAUUGAAAUACUACAAAGAGUUUGCCGAUAAACCGAAAAACACUCAGCGCUUCAGUGCGUACAAGUACCACUGGUCGGGCAUCAGCCUGCCCACUGUGCUGGAGGUGACGCCUUGUUCUCUGGACCAGCUGGACCCCACCACAAACGAUGUCCUCGCCAGCUACAUGUACAAGGACAUUGAGGGAAUAAUAGCAGGCAUAUCGGACUAUGAGGGCGGCAUUGUGAUGGCCUACGGCGGCUUCAGUCGCCUGCACUUGUUCAAAGCCUUGAAUCACCACGAAAUCGUGCAGAAUAUUGCCCAGAGUUCGGCACAGUUCCUGGGCAUCGAAACCAAAAUACUCAAGAGCCAGAUAACACUCGAGCAGUUCGAGAGGCAGCGAUUUGGCAAGUUCAGUGACGAUCAAUUUCAAACGUCGAUGACAGAGUUCACAGUGCAAAAGAUAACGUUACGCCAUCCGGAUCCCGUGAAGCGCAUACUCUGCCUUACCGAAGUCACGCUUCUGGAGAGGGAUCCCCAGACCUACAGUGUCUGCACUUUGCGCCCACUCACCGAUGUGUUUGCUUUGGUUCGCGACAAGGACAGUCUGCAGCGCUUUAGCAUCGAGUACAAGAACGGAAUCGUGCGCAGUUAUAGUACCAACGACAGGGACUCCCUGCUGGCCACUCUGCUGGAUGCGGUGCGCUCCAGCGGUAACCAGGAUGUACACAUACGCAUCAGCAACACGCCCAGAGGCAAGAGAUACGUCCCCCUCAGCAGCUCCGUGGACGAGGAAACGGAGGCCAACUUGUUGCGCUUGGUCAUCAACAAUUUCCAAAAUCCCUCGAAGCGUUACGAAAUCUUGGAGCGUUUCAAUGCCAAUGUGCCGCACAGUGGGCUCAACUACAGUGUGACGCAGGACAGUCUGUUUGCCGAGAACAAGGAGAAGCUCAUAUUAAGUGCGCUGCAAGCGUUGGCACAAAAGGAGCUGGACAGUCCCACUGCACAGCUGAGCAACCUGGAGCUGGAGGCUAUAUUUCACGCCCUGACUCGUCUCCUGGCCAGCAAAGUCGGCUAUGCAGCCUUCACCAAUCUCACGGGAUUUCGCGAGAUUAUUGGUACUAAGGUUGUGGCUGCUUUGCGACGCAAGGAUCUGGCUGUUACAUACUCUGCCAUUGACAUGAUUAACUCCCUGAUGCAUUCGGUGAACACUGACCAUGACCUGAAGCAGGAGCAGUUGAAUAAAUCCUCCAUACUGUCAUCGAAAUCAUUUCUGGAAACCCUGCUCAAUAUGUGGACAACACAUGUGAGCCAUGGCAGUGGAGCCCUUGUUCUGUCGGCCAUGCUGGAUUUCAUGACCUUCGCGUUAUGUGUGCCUUACAGCGAAACGACCGACGGCAAGCAGUUCGAUACGCUGCUAGAGUUGGUCGCCGAUCGUGGUCGCUACUUGUACAAAUUGUUUCAGCACCCCUCGCUGGCGAUCGUUAAGGGAGCUGGCCUGGUCUUGCGGGCCAUCAUCGAGGAGGGAGAGCUGCAGGUGGCUCAGCAGAUGCAGGCCCUAGCCCUAGACGAGGCGGCCUUGUGCCGGCACCUGCUGGUGGCGCUGUAUACGCCCUCCAAUGAUCCCACUCUGACUACGCAUCGACAGCUGUCACGCCAUCUUAUUGGGCUAUGGCUGACGGACAGCGAGGAGGCCCUGGAGCUGUUCAAGCGUAUUUUCCCCGCUGGCCUCUUGACCUUCCUGGAGUCCGAGGACGGCGUGCCGGAGACGGAUGUGGAGGAGGAUAAGCUCAAUUUCCGCGAUAACCUCAAGUUUGCAAUACAACAUUCCAACAGAACACGCAAGAAUGUGAUAGAGAAGCAUUUGCAAGGCAUCAAGCAUUGGGGCAUGAAUCUGAUCGAACAGCAGGAUGGGGCAGCGCAGGCUCUGAAGAAUCGUCCAGUGGUUCUGCGCAAUCGCCGGCAGAAAAAAAAGACCUCCGAUGCCAUUGUGAAUUUGCCCUACUUCUUCUACAGCUUUGCCAAAGAUCACAGUCUGCCAAAUCUCAUCUGGAACCACAAGACGCGCGAGGAGCUGCGCAUGUGCUUGGAAAAUGAGCUAAGGCAGUUCCUGAACGAUCGAGACUUGGCUGGUCAGAUGAUUGUGGCCUGGAACUACCAGGAAUUCGAGGUGGCCUACCAAUGUCUGGCAGAUGAAAUCAAAAUUGGCGACUACUACAUACGGCUGAUACUGGAGAAGGACGACUGGCCCCAGAAUCUGGUGAAGGAUCCGAUUGAGCUAUUCAAUGCUUUAUAUCGGCGUGUUCUGUGCCGACAGCGAGUAAACGACGACCAGAUGACCGUGUUCUCCCUGCAGGCGCUAGCCAAGGUCUACAGGCGCUACCACCAAGAUAUCGGAAAGUUCAACGACAUGUCGUACAUUCUGCAACUCAGCGACAGGUGCCUUUCCCCCUCAAUGCGCGAUGCACUGAUAAACUUGAUUUCCUGCCUGGUGCUGGAGAAAUGCAACUGCCGGGCCCUCAUCGAUCACGUACAGUGCCUGGUGGAUCUCAUAACCCUCGCCCAUCUGCACAAGGGACGCGCCCAGCUGAAUACGAAAACAAAUGUCAUUGAGGCCGGUCCAAAUAUGGCGGCGUACGAGGAGAAGGAUUGGUAUUACAACAUCGAGAAGGACGGACAGAAGCCCGAGCGCCAGGGACCUAUCACGUACUCGGAGCUGAAAGAGCUCUGGCACAAGGGACUGAUCACACCGAAGACCCGUUGCUGGGCCAUUGGCAUGGAUGGCUGGCGGUCUCUGCAGCAAAUCCCCCAGCUCAAGUGGUGCCUUAUAGCCAAGGGCACGCCGCUCUACGACGAAACGGAGCUAUCCUCCAAGAUACUCGACAUUCUGAUCAAGUGCACCAGCUUCUUCCCCAGCCGCACCCAGAACGGGGUGGCUGUGCUCAUUCCAGGACCGAAACUGUCGCGAAAGCUCUCUGAGUUCAUUUGCCUACCUCAUGUGGUCCAAGUUUGCCUCACCCACGACCCCGGACUGCUGGAGCGCGUGGCCACUCUGCUCUGCCAGAUAAUGGAGGACAAUCCCGAGAUGCCCAAGGUCUAUCUGACCGGAGUUUUUUACUUUAUGCUCAUGUAUACUGGCAGCAACAUUCUGCCCAUCACGAGAUUCCUCAAGAUGACGCACAUGAAGCAGGGAUUCCGCAGCGAGGAGACUUCGCAGUCGGGAAUCAUGCACCGCAGCAUCCUGGGGCAGCUGCUGCCCGAAGCUAUGGUCUGCUUCCUUGAGAACUACAGCGCCGAAAAGUUUGCGGAAAUCUUUCUCGGCGAGUUCGACACGCCCGAGGUGAUCUGGAGCUCAGAGAUGCGAAGGCUGCUCAUUGAGAAGAUUGCAGCCCACAUUGCAGACUUCACGCCGCGGCUGCGAGGCCACACGAUGGCCAGAUAUCCGUACCUGGCCAUACCAGUCAUCAGCUAUCCGCAGCUGGAGAAUGAGCUCUUCUGCCACAUCUACUAUCUGCGGCACCUGUGCGACACCCGGAAGUUCCCCAAUUGGCCCAUCUCGGACCCGGUGCAGCUGCUGAAGCACACUCUCGACGCCUGGCGCAAGGAAGUGGAGAAGAAGCCACCUCAGAUGACAAUCCAGCAGGCAUAUCACGAUCUUGGCAUUGACCUCAACAAAACUCCAAAGCCGGACGAGAGCAUGAUACGAAAGAGCUACUACAAGCUGGCCCAGAUGUACCAUCCAGACAAGAACCCGAAUGGCCGCGAGAUAUUCGAGAAAGUCAAUCAGGCCUAUGAAUUCCUUUGCUCGCGGAACGUGUGGAGCUCGGGCGGACCGGAUCCCAAUAAUAUUGUGCUGAUCCUGCGCACACAAAGCAUUCUCUUCGAACGUUAUCCGGAUGUUCUGCGGCCGUACAAGUAUGCUGGCUAUCCGCAGCUCAUCAAGACCAUCCGACUGGAGACGCGCGACGAUGAGCUCUUCUCCAAGGAGGCCCAGCUUCUGACAGCCGCCUCCGAGCUAUGCUACCACACGGUCCACUGCUCCGCCCUGAAUGCCGAAGAGUUGCGGCGGGAGGAGGGCAUUGAGGCUCUGCUUGAAGCCUACACGCGCUGCGUAUCCAUUCUGGGGGUCGAUUCCAAGCCGGAAUCGUUGCACUACCAGGUCAUAUCCAAUGUGACGCGCUGCUUUGAGGUGGCAUGCAACUUUGAGAAGUGCAAACAGAAGAUUAUCCAGCUGCCUCAGCUGCUGUCCGACGUGUGCCGCGUCGUGUACUUUAAGCACACGCUGUCUGUGAGCCUGGUGACUAGUCUGGCGGCGAACAACUACGACCUGCAGUGCAAUCUGUCGCGGAACGGAGUGCUCUGGUCGCUGCUGCUGUUUAUCUUCGAGUAUGACUACACGCUGGACGAGAGUGGCGUGGACGUGAGCGACAAAUCCAAUCAACAGCAGUUGGCCAACAAUCUGGCCAAGAUGGCUGUCCUGGGGUGCAUUUCCCUGGCCGGAUACAGCAUGGAGCUGCGCCACAAGCCGAUCACUGGCAGCGAGUCCAACUCGCCGGCGGCCAAGCCUCCACCAGCCAUCAAGCCCAAACCAGUUGGGGGUGCCACCAGCUCGGCCUACACCCAGAACGCGCAUAAUCCGCUACAGAGCAAGCAGCUGGCUAUCACAGGCGGAAAGGAAAAGGAGCCGGACACCUCAUCCGGCAGCAGUGACACCUCCAGCUCCACGCCCACCGACAGCGAUCAACAGAACCCGGCCAAGAGAAGCCCCAGUGCCAUCCAGCAGAAGUACAUCGUGGCGGGGGAGGCCAAGAAUUCAUUGGUAAAGCAAGUCCUCGACCGCCUCCUCACCCGCUACAUUGCCAACCAGCUUGCCACUGCUCGAGACAGCGAUGUGCUCAAGCUGCUCACGGCAAACACGAGGAAUCCCUACCUCAUCUGGGACAAUGGAACCCGAGCUCAGCUCAAAGACUUCCUCGAGCAGCAGCGCACCUCCUCCGCCCGAGAGACCCAUGAGGACAUUGCCCAGGUCUACGAGCUCGUUUCCAGCUUCGAGUUCGAUGCCCACAAAGAGGAACUGCAGAUUGGCGGCAUAUUUAUACGCAUCUACAACGACAUGCCCACCCACCCGAUUGCGCAGCCCAAGCUGUUCAUUAUGGAUCUGCUUGAGUACUUAAAGCACGCUUAUCAGUUUCUGCAAUACAAGCGGAAUCCGGCCGCCACUGUUGCCGCUGCUAGCGCUGCUGCCGCACCCAAAAUGGGCAGCGACGGCAUCCUGACCCCCACACUGGCACCCAAUCAUCCGCAGCUGCAGAUGCAGCAGCAGCAGCAGGCGGCUAGGCCGGGCAGCACCUUUGACGAUGUUCUCAAUGCUUACAAUCGGUCGAAGAGCCGAAAGAAGCUCGAGACUGAUGCGCAGACGGAGCAGAAGCUGGCGCUGCAACAGAGCAAAUAUGACUUUGCCAGUGAUGGGAAACUGGAACUGCACAUAACCAUGGUGCUCAGGGCACUGAUAGCAGUAAUCAAGGCGAAUGCCGAGGUGGAAAUUCAAUGCAUUGGAAAUUUCGAGAUGAUCUUCGGCUUUCUGGCCAACAACAUAUUUUCCGACAGCUCCACGGUUAAGUCGGUCGCCCUCGAGGUGGUCGCCCUGGUCUCCCGUAACAAGGAGUGCGUUUCCGAGGUGGCCUCCUGUGAGAUUCUGGGCAACUAUCUGGUGGCCCUCAAGGAUCCGGAGCUGCGUGCCAGCCAGGUGAAGGUGCUGGAGACACUCUCGGGUCUGAUGAAUGUGCAGGAGAUGAUCAAGGAGGCCCAGGCCAAGGGCGCAGCCAUAUAUCUCCUGGACAUGUUCUGUAACUCGCGUAAUCCGCAAAUCCGAGAGAUGUGCGCCGAGAUUUUAGCCAAGAUGACAGCCGAUCGUUUAAGUGGUCCGAAAGUACGCAUUACCAUAUCGAAAUUCCUCCCCACAUUGUUCAUCGAUGCCAUGGUGGAGUCGCCGCCCACAUCCGUGCAGCUCUUCGAGUCCAUACACGAGCAUCCUGAGCUCAUUUGGAACGACAAUACGCGAUCGAAUGUGUGCGAUGCGGUCUUGGAAGCCUGCGACAGAUUUUACCAGCUGCAAAAAUCGAAUCCUCGGCAUGUGUGGAAAGACCCUGAAAUACUUAAGGACAUCGUAUCCAAUGAAAUUGUUGUGGCAGGCGUUUACCUGCGCCUGUUUGUCAGCAAUCCCGCUUGGACGCUGCGCAAGCCGAAGCAGUUCCUUUCCGAUCUGCUCGACUUUGUUGUGGAGCAGAUAAGCAAGAGUUCCUCCGAGCAGGAUGUCCUCGAUCUGUCCACCACCGCGCUCGUGGAGCUGCUGCGCUCGCAGCCGAAUCUGGCAGACGACAUACCAGUGCUGGGCCACAUACCAAAGCUGUUCAAUCUACUCUCGGUGCAGCCAAAGAACACGCUAUCAGUAUUACAUCAGCUCUCGCUGUCUGAGUUCUGUGUGAGUGCCAUCUCUCAGACAGAAUGCGUCGCGCCGUUGAAGAAGUGCAUGGAACACAAUCGGGACUGCAUUGAGAAGGCCUGCGAGGCACUGAGUCGGCUUUUCAAACACCAGCACGACUCAUUGAUCAGCCAGUCCUUGGAGGUGGGACUCAUACCUUUUCUGCUUGGCUUGCUGGACAGUCGGCUGGAAUUCGUUGACAAUCCAUCUGCGGUUAAAGCACAAAUCGUUGCGGCCCUUAAAGGGAUGACGCACAAUCUCAAUUAUGGCGAUCGGGUUACGCAAAUCUUGCUCAAGCAUCCUGUCUGGGCAGAGUUCAAGGAUCAGCGCCACGAUCUUUUCAUUGCCGACACCAACAUACGCGGCUAUCUGACGGGCAUCAACCCAACGGCUGGCUACCUGACGGCAGGACCUGCGCAAAGCGUGGAAGUGCUCACCUCGCCGCCCCCCAUCGAUCGCGACGAUCCGUCGGCUCGUCCUCCCAUAGACUAGCGAGUUCUUCUUUGAUAUCGGUCUAAAGCUAAGCCUCGCCUGUUUUUGCUUAGCCCUGAUUUCGGUUGGGGUGGAAACUAGACACGGACGACCAUGCACGGGACUUCCCCAUUAUUGUAUUAAACUUUUGCAUAUUUUGUAUACACGCAGCAAGGAGCGUCGCGGCUGUCGUCAGCCAACAUAUUAACAAACUGUAACAAAGUUUCAUUUUUUUUUUUAUAUUUAUAAAAGCUGUAUAAAUAAUUAGAGAAUAGUUUAUACACAUACACAAACACCCAACCUAACUUGAGCAUGCAUAACGUGAUUAUAUAUAUUAUGGAAUGAAACAUUAAAAAUUCAUUAAAAAUGAAAGAAACUCAUA